AUGGGGCCUAAAAACUUUCAGCAACGAACGGAAAUUAAAAAAACUAAACAAAUUUAUUUUGAUCAUUUUUUUGUCAUCAAGCGUUUAUCUGACACAAACGAAACAUUUCACACGGUUUCGCCAUUCCUUGUUGAGAAAGCUAUUGUGAGCGUAAUUGGAGAAGUACCAUCCAUCCGUAAACUUCGUUCUGGUGACCUACUUGUGGAAGUUGGUACUCAAAAACAAUCACAUCAAAUUUUAAAAAUGAAAGCUUUGGCUACAAUUCCUAUUGAAGUGAGCACUCAUUCUUCCCUUAAUUCCUCAAAGGGUGUUAUAACCUGUGGGGAGUUGUAUCAUUCUACGAUUGAAGAAAUUACGGAAGACCUGAAAUCUGAGGGAGUAACUCAUGUGCGUCGUAUCUUUAUCCGACGAGAUGGACAACUCCUCCCCACAAAACACCUUGUUCUCACUUUCCAAUCUCCAACUUUGCCAGAAAAGGUUAAAGCAGGCUACAUGAAAUUGGCUGUGCGACCCUUUAUUCCUAAUCCUCUGCGAUGUUAUCAGUGCCAGCGAUUUGGACAUUCUAAAAUUUCCUGCCGCGGGACACCCACUUGCGCCCGUUGUGCAGAGAAAGGACACGACAGCCAGCAGUGUACGGCUCAAGAAAAAUGUGUUAACUGCAGCGGCGAUCACACAUCUUUUUCUAGAUCUUGUCCGCGUUGGCAGUUGGAGAAAGAUAUCAUUGCAUUGAAGACUAAGGAACAAAUAUCCUAUGUAGAGGCAAAAAGAAAGAUUCUCGCUCAAACACCUAAGCCAGGUCUAAGUUAUGCUACAGCUUCAAAAGUUCCAGUUCCGGGAAAUUUCUGUACAAACUGCUCCUGCAUGAAUUGUACUAAAUUUACCACCAAAACAAAAAUUGUUGAAAAAACAUCAGAGUCAGAAACUGAACCAUCCUCAAAUAGUGUUCCAGACACAGAUAAACCCACAAAACGGAAAACAUCAUCCAAAUCGCAGAGAUCACUUAAACUGAAACUUUCGAAAUCUAACAUUCCAGAAAAAAUGAUUUCCGAAAAAUUAAAGGCAAAAUUAAGGAAAUCAAAAAUCAAAAAUUCUGUUGCUCUGGGGCUUGCAAAUCAGGGUGUGGUCCAUAGAGACCUUGCGUCUGUUUUUGGUGGCAUGUCCAAGAGCCCCGACCUUAUAACGCUACAUCCGUCUGAGGAGGAUGAUGAAGAACUUCAAAUGAGUUGCGAUGCCACGCACUCUCCAACUACCGUCUCAAAUACCUCUACCCAAAAUAAACUUUCUUAA